UAAAAGUCAUCAAAACCCCCAUUAAAAAAACAACCUAUAUAUAAAUAUCCUUGCAUCAAGCAGAAUCAAUACAUCACCAGCAACAAACAGAGAACACAAAACUAAACAAUCAGAACAACUGAAAAAAACACAUAAAAGAAAAGAUAAAUCAAAAUACAUGAUAAAGAGAAACAGAAAAAGGGUAAACCUUAAGGGUGCCUUUGCAGUGAUGACAUCUGAUUUGAAGCAAGCCCUGUGAUAGGCCUUGUUAUUAGCAGUCAACUGUUCAACAGGGUAUACAGUCUUCUCAAAAGCCUUGCACACUGGCUGAGGCGAGUCCUUUGCCCAUCAGCGUCUGGCGUCCCGCCCGCCAUCACCCGUCAGCGAUUGGUGACUCGAUGGAGAUUCACAACCAUCAACCAUGGUCCAUGGCCCAAGGGGCUGAACUAUAAGUCUAUAAUUCCUUGAGAUCGAGGGGGGGCCUUCCCUCUAGGGCAAGCUCCAACCAAAGCCAACCUCACAACAGCUUUUCCGGAGCCAAGGGGGGGCUGAAGCCCCCGCUCGCCCCCCCUUGGUUCCGCCACUGGUGAAGCCACGGCCGGCGCUGACGACGGCAUCCCUCACGGGAUUCUUCUCGAUCGAUGCUUCCCAAUCCCAUCACCGAUCCCUUGAGCUUCCCAUCACCGACAAGCUCGAAGCCAUUCGCGAAGAGAACGCCGAGCUCCGCAGAACGACUUCGCCAAACUCCUCUCCAAAAUCGCCAUCACUGGAGAAACUGAAGAAGCUGAUGGCCGCCCAAACGGGAACGAGGGACGACAAGAUCCGCAUCCAGAAGUGGUACAACAUCUACAAGGACCAUAUCACUCUCAAGGACUACGAGAUUCACGACGGCAUCGGCCUCGAGCUCUACUACAAUUGAUCCAUCAUCUCAAUCUAGAAGAUCAAAUAUGGUGUGGUGAGCAUGCAAGAUUUAGCUUGGGAUGUGUUGACUUGGGAAAAGUUUUACCUGAGUGGCCGCUUGCAAAAACCUGUACUUUGAGUGAAUCAAGAGAGGGACAGUGUGAGAGAGCAGUGGAGAGUGUGAGAGGGAGAUGGCUGAAUCCGCUGUUUCACAGGUGGUAACCAGGCUUGCCGGGCUCUUGUCUCAAGAAUUCUGGUUGUUGUAUGGAUUGCGUGAUGAGGUGGAGUGGAUGGAAAGAGAGCUCCGUUGGAUUAAAUGCUUUCUCAAGGACGCUGAUGCAAAAGGAAAGAGAGAUGAAAGGGUGAAGAACUGGGUGAAUGAAGUAAUACAAGUUGCUUACCUAGCUGAAGACGCCAUUGAUACUUUCCUCAUUAAGGUGAAUCAUCAGUCCAAUGGUUGGCUGAGUCACAUCAAAUACAGGUUUAAACCAAGCGCGUUGAUAGCAAGGCAUAAUGUUGGUGUGGAGAUUGGUAAGAUAAAAGAAAGGCUUAAUGAGAUCAAGGCAAGCAGAGAAGCUUAUGGGAUUCAAAACUUGAGUCAGUAUGGAGAUGCUUCCAACUUAAUAUCCAUAAUAAGGAGAAGCCAUUUCUCAUAUCAAUAUUCUGAUGAUGCUGAUGUAAUCAGGCUUUUUAAUGAUCACAAGAUCCUACUGGGACGACUAAUGGAUCAACAACAACAAAGGCUUUGUGUCAUUAGCAUAUUUGGCAUUGGUGGUCUUGGCAAAACCACCCUUGCACGGAAACUCUACUGUGAUAAUGCUGUUAACAAUCAUUUCCACAAGCGCAUUUGGGUAACAGUCUCUCAAGAAAAUAGUUUAAUAGGGCUUCUCAGAAAGAUGCUUGAAGAAGUUCGGAAGAUUGAAAAGGAGAAGUUGGAGAAAAUGACAGAAAAUGAUUUGAUAGACAUGCUUAAUGACUCACUAAGAACAGGAAGGUUUCUUAUUGUAUUGGAUGAUAUUUGGCUAGAGGAUGUAUGGAAUCAGAUGCAAAGAAGUUUUCUGGAUGUGAACAAUGGAAGUAGGGUCUUGAUCACCACUCGGUUUCUUAAUGUUGCAAAGGGAGCAGAUCCAAGAAGCACUCCGUACCAACUUCCGCUUUUGAUUGAUGAUGAGAGUAUGAAGCUUCUUCUCAAGAAGGCCUUUCCUCAUGAAGAUGUUGAGGCAAAUUUCACCAAUGAAUUGCUUGAUAUCGGCCUUCGUCUCAUGCACAAAUGCGGUGGCCUACCUCUGGCUUUAGUUGUUCUUGGAGGUCUCCCUAUCUAUAAAAAGACAAAACACACUGUUGUGUGGCGAAGAGUGUUGGAGACGAUGGAUUGGGCGAGAAGGAAGACAAUGCCAAGAAAUACUUGCUUUGAGCUAUGA